AUAAACGACAACCUUUGCGCCUUCCUUAAUACAGACUGGUCCGAACACUCUCAAAUAGGAUACGCAUGCAGUAGGCUGCUGGCAGGCAUGGUAAUGUUUGACACAACUUCAGGAAGGGCCAUUGUUGUGAACAGCGUCGAGGUCCACGGACGUAGACGUACUGUGGAU